AUGAGCAACCAAGAUGAUGCUACCAAUCCCUCCCGCUUGGGCGACGCAAGUAUGAAGCAAGCUCCUCCUAGUAAUAUGAACAUCCCUCCAAGCUACGUUUUGUUUGGCGUUUCCCUGCCAUUUUACAUGAGAGCCUACCACCUGUACCACCACAGCCCUUUGGAUACCCUGGUUGGAAAGGUUGCUCAAAGGAGCAACAUUACAAUGGCCGACCUAAAGGAUGCAGAUAUCAGCGUCAAGAGAGCUGUGGGAUUUUCUGUGGCUGGUAGGGCCCUGAAAGUAGCAACAUUAGUCAGUGUCGGAUCCUUUGGAAUGUUUGGUGCUGCCGUAUUUUUCAUUGGUGACUGGAAAAGCCUUGAGGAAGGUGUUGUCGCGUCUCGUCGAUGGGCCCAGAGCAAACGAAAGACCCUCGACAAGUUUCUGGGUGUGGAAGAACGAGUCGAUGAGGAUCAUCCAGAAGUCGUUUCCCGACGAAAUAUGACAAUACAAGAAGAAUCCCAAUUGUUGGCAAAGCGCUAUUGGGUAUCAAGAGAAACUUCUUCCGCUCAGGAGGCACCCGACAAUCAACACCCAAAAGCAGAAUAA